AAGCUAAAUCCACAUCAACAGCUUGAUGAAAAGGCAAACGUAUUGUGUUUAUUUAUAAGUGAGAAAGAAAUUUGACCAAACGAGGGAAAGUUAGUUUGCAUUAAAAACUGUAUAUAUAUCUUUAUGGACAGUAAGCCACAAGAAGCAGAAGUCAUUUUGUCUAAAUCUCAGGACAGUGAUAGUGAAUCUCCUAUGAAGAAGGGUAUGGCCCUAAGCUCUAGUUCCCGGGAAUGGCUGCAAAAAACACGAGAAAACAUUCAACCAUGGAAUUCCUUCUUCGAUAUGCGGAAGCUCAAGAUGCCUUCAUCCAUGUCUCAGAGCACCAAAAGAGUUGUGAAAAAUAUUGAACAAUUCCAGAGCAACUAUUUUUUUGUGUUUAUUGUGCUUAUUUUAUACUGCCUCCUAACUUCUCCACUGCUACUGAUCGCUGUUGCAGUGAGUCUUGGUGCUUGUUAUAUUAUCAGUUUGAGAAAUGCAGAGCACAGAUUUCAUAUUUUUGGCCAUGAGUUGACUCUUGCUCAACAGUAUGGAAUUGUGUCUGUGAUUUCAUUUCCUUUGUUCUACAUGGCUGGUGCGGGCUCAGCAGUCUUUUGGGUUUUAGGUGCUUCCUUCUUUUUCAUAAUGCUGCAUGCUAUCUUCUAUUCCGUUGAGAGGAACGAAGAAGUUUUUGACUUGCAGAUAGAAACUGUUUAAAGUGAGAAACGUAAAUUUUGCAUGAAAUUUAAUCACCAAAGCACUUUUGUGUGUUACAUCAGAGAGGCUCACGUGUUGAUGUUAUUAUUAAUAGUCUUCCCAUAAUAUAGCAGUUAUUAUAACACAGUUAUCAGCUGCAGUCUCCCACAAGGUUAAAUAGUGCUGUAACGGUAAAAAAGUGGGUAAACUAACCUUUUUAAUGGUUUAAGUUUAGUAUUGGCAAUGGUAUAGUAGGCACCAAGGGUGAAAUCACUACACUAGUAAUUCCAAUUGUCUCAAUCAUUCAUAAUUUUGAUGACAGAAGUGAUAGAAGUAUGUUUUUGUCUUGUGAUUAAACAUAGAUCACAUGCCUUUUCUUCCCUGUAUGUGUUAUUUUGUUACAAAUGUUUAGAUGUUUUAUAACAGUCAGAAAUUACUUCAGGUUUAAAGAACUGGUCCCAAUAAUAUAAUAGAGUGGUGGUUCUCAAUCUGUGGGCUCCCUUCAGGUGGUCUGUAAUUAAAGAAAGUAAGCAGCAGAAUAGUGUAUAGAUCUCUCUCUGUGAUUUGCCGUGAUAAAAGAAAAUUCAGGUGGUCAUUGAACAGAACCACUGCAUACACAAGGAUUUCAUCACAUUUAUUUUUUCUUAAAUUAUAAAACAAAAAGAUAUAAUUGGCACACAUAUAUAUAUAUUUUAAUUUGUUUUAAAUUUUUUCCACAAUAUUUUAACAUGCAUAAAUAAGACUAAAGCAUAUUCAUUUUUCUCCCUUAAAAACUUAUGUUUCUGCCUGUUUUUGUUUUCUUGAUGUGAUGAACUGUCACUUAAGUGUCAAACUACUCAGUUGAGUACUAAAAGAGUAAUAGUUCCAUUUAUUAUUUGCUGAUGUGUUGCUCUAGUCUGUGAACGAAAAAACAAGUCAGUUAUUCAGAUUAACACACUACUGUUUAAAAGUACAUGAUAAUGCUGUACAAUCAAAGCUUAAUAGUUCUCUGUUAAAUACACUGUUGACUUUAGAAAUGCUGUUAAGUCAGAUGUUUUUUCUUUAUGUGUGUGUGUGAUUCAUUCACUGGUAUUUGCAUAAAGAAUUUUGCUGUCUAAAGUAAUAGUUAACACACUGGAAGUAGCAUAUCAAAAUCUCACCUUUUUUUUUCAAACCUCUUGUAGGAUUAUAUUUAGUUUGUUCAUCCACACUUGUUUGCAGUGUAUUAAUUUCUAAAGGUUUGGGUAAAAUUUGUGAUAUUUUAAAUGAAUUAUAUCACGAUGUAAUUGAAACUAUUCUACAAUUGGUUUAAAAGUAUUCUUUUUAUUGUUCAUUUUUAAUGUCUGAAAAAUUUUUUAGGAAUAAAAUUUUAUUUCUCUGAGAUUAAUAAAGUUCUUUACACUGAUAAUGAUAAUCUGUAAUUUUCUUUAUAAGAUCAGUUACGUAUCCUCCAAAGAAGUCCAGUCUAGUUCUGUUAUUUAAUUUUUGACAUGUUGAUAAUUAUUUUAUACUUUUGCAGCCAGUGAAUUUUAAUUUAAAUUGUUUUUGUAUUUAUUGUCCAAUAAAAGAUAGACCAAAAAAUGCAGAAGAUAAAAGCCCGAAACUGUAAAGUAUAUGUGAUAAUAACGAUGUGGGAGAGCAUGUAAGACCAUUUGAAAUAUAAUUAUAAAUAAUCUGUGUGAAUGUAGAAAAAAACAAAUAUUAAUGACCUUGUCUCAUAAAUUAUAUAUUCUUUGUAGAUGAUAUUAAAGUCAUUGGAGAAUAUAUUUUGAUCCAAGAUUCAUUUUACAUCACAGAUGUUAAAUACUUUUGUUCAUUGU